AUGCGGUUCACCAGUUCACGCGCGCCAACACCCAAGUUCAUCAGAUUGGAUAUUUCAGGACGACGACGGGCGAAGCGUCGGCAUCUCGUCGGUCGUUCCGCGCCGUUGAAAAACCACCGCACCGCCCUCGAGACCGACAUGUCCGCAUCGUCCAUCCUCGUCGCGAACCCGACGUCACCGGCGUCCGUCUCGCGCCUGACGCAGCGCGCGUCCAGCCGCGGCGCCUCCCCGAUCCACGUCGCCUCUUCAAGAAUGAUGAUCCCGCGCAACACACGUCGGGUCUCAAAACUCGCCGUCGUCCCCGUUCGCGCGUUCCUCGGCUUCGGCAAGAGCAAGGAGGAGAAGGCGAUCGAAGAGUUCGCGGCGUCCGAUCUGGGUAAGAGGGCGCUGGAGCACGCGUCGAGAGGCGGCGGGCUCGCGUCCAUGCUGGAGUUCGGCAAGAAGGAACUGGAGAGGGAACACGUCCCGACGGAUUCGCACAUCAUCGACGCCAAGACCCGCGUGCUGUGCGCGACGCUCAUCAACAAGGUGGUGGACGUUCCCAUCAUCAACGAGGCCACCGAGCAGAUCAUCGCGCUCAAGGCCGUGGACGUCGUCGCGGAUCACAUGGAGGCGGAGCUCGAGAAGGCUGGACUCGCGACGUUCUUCGACGGCGUUCGCGACAUGUCCGAGAAGGAUGUCGACAAGUGGGUCAAGAAAGUCGCCGAACGAGUCAACGAGGCGGUGGACCUGCCGAUGCUCGACGAGACCCAGGAGGGGAUCGUGAUCGAGAUGGUGGUGAAGCUCAUCGCGCACAAGUUCGUCGAGGGGAACAAGAAGAGGGAGAAGAAGGGCUGGUUCGGACGAUAG